AUCCAAGUACUUCAGAACAUGUUCCACAGGAGAACACUUCACUAUAGAGUUUGAGAACCUUGUGGAAAGUGAUGAGGGGGAAAGCCCAGGAAGCAGUCACAGACCUCUGACUGAGGAAGAAAUUGCUGACUUGAAGGAAAGACACUACGACUCCAUUGCUGAAAAGCAGAGAGUGGUUGACCUGAAGCUUCAGUCAGAGUUAGCCUUACAAGAGGAGAAGUUAAGACUAGAAGAGGAGGCUUUAUAUGCUGCACAACGUGAAGCAGCCAGGGCAGCAAAGCAGAAAAAGCUCUUGGAGCGUAGGCAGCAAAGGAUAACACAGAGAGCACAUGGUGUCAAUAAUGGAGAGUAUCAGAGCUCUGUGGCAGAGGAAGAUCUUGAUCCUUUCCUAAGGAAUACAAAGUUCCAGUGUGAAGCAUUUCGAAGUAGUAGACUUUCAUCUGAUGCCACAGUGCUGACUCCCAACACAGAGAGCAGCUGUGACCUGAUGACCAAAACCAAAUCAGUGAGUGGGAACGAUGACAGCACCUCCUUGGAUCUGGAGUGGGAAGAUGAAGAGGGCAUGAACAGGAUGAUCCCGAUGCGGGAGCGCUCCAAAACUGAGGAGGACAUCCUACGGGCGGCACUCAAGUUCAACAGCAGGAAGACAGGGAGUCAUCCAGCAUCAGCCUCUGAUGAUUCCAACGGAUUGGAGUGGGAGAAUGACUUUGUUAGUGCCGAGAUGGAUGACAAUGGCAAUUCCGAGUACGCCGGGUUUGUCAAUCCCGUGCUGGAAUUGUCCACGUCGGAUGUGAGGCUGUCGGAUUCUGACCACCAGGACAGAUAG